AUGAAAAAAAAUGUGAAGACAGUAGAAAGGAGGAGUGGUAAGGAUGAAAAAAAAAAUACAACAAAUAAAAAGAGAAAUGCUUCGAAAGAUCAGGCUUAUAAUAAAUUAAAAAAUAAUGGCAAAGAAAAUGAAAAAAAAAAGAAGGAAAAGAACAGUAUGAAUAAGUCGAUAUACGUGGAAAAGGAAUCGAACCCAAAGGACAAUAAAUUGCAGACUCGUUUAGAAAGGGAUCCACCAAAAAAUGCAGAAAAAAAUGGGGAAAAAAAAACGGGAAAAAAAUCGGAUAAAAGAUAUUCCCGAGAUGAAGGGAAAACCGAAAAAAAUAAAAAUAUAAAUUUUAAACAUUCUGAAACUGGAAAAAAAAAAGGAAAUUUUUUAUGCUGUUUUUGUUGUGGAGGUAAUGAGGAAGAAUUAAGUGAAAUACAAGUUUAUGAGGAUGAAUUCAAAUUAUUGAACAAGAAAAGACAAUCAUUGGAAGAAGAUGAAGAAGAAAAAAGACGGUUAAAACUGAUAGAAGAAGAAGAGGAAGAAAAAAGACGGUUAAAACUGAUAGAAGAAGAAGAAGAAGAAAAAAGACGGUUAAAACUGAUAGAAGAAGAAGAAGAAGAAAAAAAAAGACGAUUAAAAAUCAUGAAGGAAGAAGAUGAAAUAUUAUCCUCAAAAAAAAAAGGAACUAUGUUAAUAAAUAAAGAUAUGAAAGCUAAGUUAUUUACUAAAAAAAAAGCAAAAUUAAAUUUUCUUGGAGCAGCAGCUGCGCCUACCCCCCCUGAAGAGAAAUAUUGUAUUGGGCCUCCACCAGAAGUAAGAAAAACAACAAUAAAUGUAAAUAAAGGUAUAUAUUUAAUUUAUAAUAAUGAAAAUAAUGGACAACUAGAAAUACAUUAUUCUAAAACUGGAAUUGAAGGGCACGGAGUAUUAGCAUAUAUAUCAUCAGAAAUAAUUCCUGAUUUUUAUUUUGACUCAAAACAUUCCAAACAAAUUAUAUUAAAAAAUAUUUCUAACAAAAUGACAAGUGUAUAUUUUAAUGAUUUAAAGCCUUAUUAUGAAUGUUAUAUAGAAUUUAUAAAAUUAAAAAAAAAAUUUAAUGGGACUUUGUAUUUUCUACCUGCUUUUGAAUCUCAACCUCCUCCUCAAUUAGACAUUAUUUUUUUUAAUACCCGAGAAAAAAAGCUAAGCUAUGCCCCUAUAGAGAAACCUGUCGAAUUUGUUGGUGAUAUUCUUUUUGUUAUACAGAAAGGAUUAAAAAUAUUUACAGAAGAAGUAGAAGUUGAAAAAUUGUGUAACUAUAUGAAAUGUUAUGGGGCUUUAUUAAGUUUGCCUUAA